AUUCUUCCAUAAAUUCAGUAAGUUUCCAUAUUUUAUUAUAUUCAGAAAAAAAAAAGAAUUGUGUUUCCUGUCAGUUAGAUGGUGACUGUGCUCUCUUGAAUGAGGUAUGAGACUUUUUUUGAUCUCUUUCUGUAGUUGGGACUAGCAAUAUUGCUGGGUUUGUGCAGUAAAAGCAGACCCAGUUUAGUCCACAGAACUGAUGUAGCAGAUACAGGCAAAAUAUGUUACUCUUUGUGUAUUGCACUAACAGAAAAAAAUAAGGGGGUGGAUCUAAUACCAAAAGUGCUUUAAGAGUUUUUGUUUUAGUGUUUCAAACCUGAGUGCCAAAAUCUGCAACCUAGACCGUUUUCAACGUCUUGGGUUAAAAUCAGGCUCCUAAUCAAUCUUCAGUUGUGAUGGGUAGAUUCUGUGUUCUUACAGAAACAUCUCACUCAAAAUGUGACAGCUUUUGUUGUUAAUUGUCUCAUGUUUGGUGUCCGCCUGGCCCCAUACCUGUGCACUGCACCGGCACAACAGUCAGGGUUGGGCUCCGUGCUCUUGGGCAAAUGGUGCAGCGCAGCUUCUCCAGCAGAGACAAAGAGUGGGGGAGAAGGUCACAGAGGGAGGCUGGGAGGCAGGCAUGGGACUUAUCAGUUGUAAUGUUAUGGAUUUUUAAGAUUGCUUUCAUUAAGAAUUAUAACUGUGAUAGUUACGGCUUUGAAGAUGGUAGCUGACACCGUGCAGGACAUCAGUGGUUCUACUCAAUAACAUGUCAGACGGUUGCCUUCAGCUCCCAUACUUACCUCCAUUUGGAAAUACGUCAUCUAAUUACACUUCUCUGCAGCACUGGCGUGUUCUUAAAGCAUGGUGAGCUUUGUAAGAAAUUAAUUCUGAAAACUUGUGAGAGUUAUUGACUACCAUAUCAAUAAAAGAGUGGACUUGGUUUUCAUCAUGUGUGGAUUCUUCUUUUCUUUAGUAUGUACAGGAAACUGUGUUUGAAAUUACGCCUUAACAAAUGUUAUGUCUGAUGAGUCAACUGAACUUUCCCUUUACGUGCUUCUGGUAAUCAUAAUUGUACUUCUCCUCACUUCCCCAUUUCACACAGUUUUCUCUUUCAUUUUUCACUCGUGGCUUGAGCUGCGUUGUCUGGGGAAAAUGUAACAACAAAGGCAGAAAUUCUUUUUCUUCACAAAAUUUAUUGUGAUGAUAAUUGAUAGUGUUGCAGUAGGAUUAAUUAAGAUUGCAGAGAAUUUGACAAAAUAACUGAAUAUUCCCUGAAGACAUGUGACUGAGGAUGACUGUACUGAAUUUUUGUUCCUCUUUUUCCAAAACAAAGUUUUAUGCCAUCGAAUACUGAGCCAAAAAAGUAACUAUGUUUGGACUUUUUUUUUCCAUUUUAUUCACCCCCGGAGUCAGUGAAUUACUUUGUACGUCGUCAGAGCUAGAAGUGUCAUAUACUUUUUGUGAUUCUACAGUUCAUGAUUUCAUGUUUAAUCUGACACCUUGCAGCAUCAUGAACAAAUCCGUCUGGAAGGCUGCUCUUAUGUGGAUUCCAAGAAGUGACAUCACCUUUUUGAAGGUCGUCUUCAAUGUCUGGUACGACAAUGCCAAAGCAUUACACUGGAAAGAAGUCCUUUGCAGCGGAGCUGACGAUGAAUACACAGUAUGCGGAAUGCUGAAAGGAGAAACAAUUGUGACAACAUUUGACAUUAAAGGUGCAAGAACAAAAUUUCCAAAGGGCAAUUAUAACAUUAUUUUACAAGGAUUCUCUGAUGAUUCUGAGAAUAAUAUGAUCAUGUGCUUGAACUUCACCAUGAUAGUAAAACAAGGUGCUUUCUGAAUGCGACAAAUGUUUCAAAUAAUUCCAGAACAUGGAGCUCACUUCUGCAAGCAUCUGGAACCCAACCUGCGAAAUAAUAAGCACGCUAAUUUUCCUGAGGUAGAAUACAUCAUGUACUGGCUGGAAAGCUACAUGAUGGAUAGUCUUAUGCAUUUAUAGCACUGCUGUAAUCAGAUGCUCAGCCAAUGUGCACAAAAUCUCUGGGAAUCAGACAUCCUGAUUAAUCCACAGAAUAACCCUGACUGGAUGUCAGGCUGAGGACUGCAUUUUGGUGCUGUGCCUUGAGUUAUGAAAAGAACAAGUACUUUAGACUGCGCUAAACUAAUACAAGAAGUUUUGAAGUGCAAGAACCAGAAGCUCGCCAGUAUUCAAUUUAAAAUAAACCAGCAAUUGAAUCUGGGAA